UGGCCACUGGGCUCCAGCCUCACAGUCAACUCCUGCCGCUUUCUCUUCCAGGCCUCUUCCCUGCUUCUCUCUUGGACCCUGGACUCUGGUGUCGCCACACAGGAGCUGCAUCUCUGGAGUUACAAUCGCAGAACCUGGUCUCCUACAUGUCCUCGCACUGUUCUCCGGCCUGUGGGAACUUCCGGCUCCCCGGGAUGUCUGUGGCCUUCGUACCCGACUGGCUGAGGGGCAGUGCGGAAGUCAAUCAAGAGACCAUCCAGCGGCUCCUGGAAGAGAAUGACCAGCUCAUCCGCUGUAUCGUGGAGUAUCAGAACAAAGGCCGGGCGAACGAGUGCGUCCAGUACCAGCAUGUGUUACAUAGAAAUCUCAUUUAUCUAGCUACCAUUGCAGAUGCCAGCCCAGCCAGUACUUCAAAAGCAGAAUAAUCUUCCAGUUGGCUGUUGUUCAGAGAAAUUGAAUAUAAUCCACUUCCUACAAAAUGGAGACAGGAUCUUUACCAGCUUGACUGCUCAAAAUGUGAAGGAAACCUCUGUGGCUCUUUAUAAAAUGUGAAGAAGGCUACUAAUAUAACUGUGUUCUCCGUGUAAAUAUUUAUUUUAAUAAUUAAGCAGAUCUCUCAAUAGACUGGCUCAGACAACCUUUCCAAAAAUGAGAACAUGUUUGGAUAACAAACACAGUGGACAUCUUCAAGGCUACAUUUUUGUUUCAGACUAAAAAGUUUCAACUGAGUGUUGGGUGAUCAGCAGGAGUUGGUGAGACUCCUAACUCUGACCUUUACAAAUGGACAUGAUUGUGUGCUCCUUCCUAACAGUUUAUAAACGUCCUCCCUCUGACUGCUGUUUUCUGGUUGCUUUGAAAUAAAACUUGCUUUUCCACAAAA